UGAAGCAAUCGGAGAGAUGAAGGGCCCAAAAGUAAUUAUUCCUCGAACCUAUUUUUACCCGCGUUACGAAUACAGGGGCAAAAGGGGUAGUUGGAUAAAAACCAACAAAAGGCGAGAGAGAGCUGUUAACGGCGUCCUCGCCGCCGCUGCAGCUGUCCACGACACGUGCUCUGAUCGGCACAGGUUUUCAUCUAUUUCGUGUCUGUGUCAGUUCCAUGGAGGUGGUGGCAGGCGCCUCUGAAUUGCUGCUGCCGGAAUCAUUUCUCGAAUUUCUCAAUCAAAACGACUUGGAUCCUUCAAUUUAUGCCGCCUCUCAGUCUACUCCUCGUUACAUUAGGUUAAAACCAGGAUGUAAACUCGAGUUGGCAGAAAUUGAAGAUGAACUUAAGUGUAAGCUUGAAGAGGUUUGUUGGCUGCCUGAUUUUUAUUAUCUUCCACCUGAUGUUCGAAUCGCGAGCACGAAGGCAUAUCAGGAAGGAAAGAUAUAUGGCAUAGAUGCAGCUUCAGGAGCUGCGGUUUUAGCUUUGGAUGUUUCACCGGGUGAUCACGUCCUUGACCUUUGUGCAGCUCCUGGUGCUAAGCUCUGUAUGAUACUGGACCUUCUUGGUUGUUCAGGUUCUGUGACUGGUGUUGAUGUUGCUAGGCAUCGGUUAGCAGCUUCAAGAACUAUGCUGCAGAAAUAUGCUGUUGGUGACCAAUGUCGUCUCUUUGUUGCUGAUGGAACAACAUUCUCCCUUACUCCACUGAGGGCUCAGUCAAAUUCUAAAUCAUGCAAUACUGAGGAGGAAGAAAAGAAUGAGAUAUACAACAAGUGGACUCCUCGGAGGCCAUGGAAAGAACGGAAGAGGAUAGCUAAAGCUUCUAAAACGUUUUCACAAAUUCAAGAACCAGACCUUAUAUUUUAUGGGAAACAUUCUGGGGUUGUUGGUUUGAGCAGACGCGAUGUGUACAGAAGAGUAAAUGACCAUGAAAUCUCGCAAUUUGGCUAUGACAAGGUCCUUGUGGAUGCAGAAUGCACUCAUGAUGGCUCGAUAAAACACAUUCAGAAAUUUGAACAAUGGGGUUGGACAACACUUCAACGCCGUGUACUGGAUGCUGAGAGGACAGAUGAUUUGACUGUUCUUCAGUUAAAAUUGCUAAUCAAUGGAUUUAGGUUGCUGAAAGUUGGAGGAUCUCUUGUGUACAGCACAUGCAGUUUGACCGUGGCUCAGAAUGAAGAUGUGGUAGAGCGAUUCCUCUCAGAAUAUGCAUCCGCUAAGUUGCUGGAGAUAGAUGCUGCAAAGAACUGGCCUUGUAGGCAAGCUAGAGUAGCAAAAACCUUACGAUUCGAUCCUGUGACGUCAUCAACCAGUGGACUUUUUGUUGCUAAGUUCACCAAGUUUAUGGCUUAGUCUUUCCUCAAAAAAUUAGCUUACCGCAUUUCUCCAGCUGAAGAUGCUCUUGAUGAGUCUGUCAAAGUAGGAUAGCACCAGUUUUCCCACCCAUUCUUUUUCUUCAUUUUAUGAAAAAUGAGAAAAAUAAAUUACACUUUUCUUCAUUUUGGGCAGUUUUCUGGAAAAAUAGAAUUUAACACCCUUGUACCUGUAAUUUAUUUUUAGAUGAGUUCUUAUAUUUUCAUUUGUUAAAUUUAAUUUUUCUUUUUUA